CUCCGCCUCGCGAAACCCUCCCUUUCAUUACAUAUAUACGCAAACCAACGUCAACGAUGUCGGUGCCGGGCAUGCUAACUGGUGGCAAUUCUGCCUUUGCGGGGAUCGACAGUCCUGGCUCAUUUUAACCAAGUGUUUGCCGUACGAUCUGGAUCUGGGCAGCGUGGGUAGGGUUCCCAUAUUUGCAUGGUGAACCCGUCAUCAUGCUCGACAAAUGUCUGCACUAUUUGCGUCAGUGUUUCUUGGGGGUAUUGAUAUUGUGGAUAUCGAGGACUGCGGGAAAUAAGGGAAUCAUGUGGGAAAAGCAAAACAAGACGGUUAUGGGGUAUGGGGUGGUAGUAAGGGGUUGGGAGGAGUCGACUACCGCCGGAUAGUCUUUGCUCCGGGUGGAAUCACUUUCGACUCGCCUUGCAGUCAGGGGACGUUGUGGCCAAACAGAGACCAGAAUGAGUCUCCCAUGACCCUUGGGCUCCUCUCCAUGGUGGGAGGCUUGCGUCGGUGGUGGCAUCGUCCCCCGGGUAGGCAGCCGUACUUCCCCAGCGGCAGUAGGGCUUGUCGACCGAGGCCACUGGAUGGAUGGAUGGAUGGAUCGUGUUGGUGAACCGGGCAAGACACUCCUGGCGAAUCACGCCUCCUCCCACUCGGCCUCCCUGUUCGAUAUAAUCAAGCCCCCAUGUAGCCGUGGCCGGGACUCUCGGAUGAAUAUGAAAGCCGUGUGUGUGAAUUUUUGCUGGCAAGCUGCUAGCAGCUCCUCACCCGCAUAUACACACACCUCUCUAUCCUUCCAUCAUAAACGGGAGCCAGCAUUUCAUCUUUCAUGGUGGUUUCGAAACGAUGUCCACUCUCCUCCUUCUCCUCCACCCCGAAAUUGGGUUUUUGUUUGACCCCGUACGUAUGUACGUUUGCCAUCUAUCCACCAACAGCCUUUGUCCGGCUGCGAAGAUUCUUUACGAACUGUCCAAUGUUUGUUACUUGGCCAUUCUGUCGGCCCAUGACGGCCCGCAGAGAGCUCAUCUCGGGGUUUUCGAUGGCGAAGAUGAUUCGGGUCGUCCUCGGCGUAAGAUAGGUGAGGUUGGUGUAGUAGGGAAUUUUGAUGGGGUGGGUGAGGAGUGGUAUGUAUGAACAUAACUUCUUGACCAGGUUGGCCUACCUUGAGGGUUUGUUGUAGAAUUCCUGGUUCAGAGGGUUGUCGACGCUGCGGGAGAGGUAUGAAGCUUGACCACCCGGAGGAGGAAUGUGUAUACCCCCCCCCCCUCAUGGUAGUAGUGCGGAUGAUUAGUAGGUCUCUGGUGUCUGGAACUGGGUUUGAGCAAAGGCAUUGUUGCUCAAGAGGGAGGCAAGUGCCGAGGGUAUCAGUUUGCCGAGGGUAUCAGUUGGAAUUUCAUUUUCAAACGGUUGCAGGGUAGGCAUCUGGCUUCAGGUGAGUGAUAUUAGGUUGGAUGUAGUCAUCAGCAAACGUAUAUAUCUUUCAUGGACGUAGGUGUCGAAUGAUGUUUAGAGGCUGGAAUUUGGCCAAUGUUGUUAUUUCAUCCCCUCUCUCGUCCCGGCCUUGCCCGUGAUAUCAGAACAUUUGAAGUUCGAUUCAUCGUCUCCAU